AUGGCCUACUACGGCGGUGACCCCUACGCUCGCCCCCCAUCAGACAGACCUCCCUACGAUCGUCCACCUUACCAACAACAAUACCAACAGCCUCCCUACGAUCGACCCCCCUACGACCGCGGCUACAGCGGCCCUCCCCCGGGUGCCCGUCCCCCUCCAGGCCCCCCACCACCCCUCCCACCAGGCUGGCACCAAGAAUGGGAGCCGAACGCCCGUCGCGCAUUCUGGGUUGAGGAUGCUACCGGUCGUCCCCAGUGGGAACCUCCAUUUGGUCCUGGGAUGGAUUACUCGCGUGGUCCCCCUGGCCCGCCUGAGCCUCAGGGUGGUUACUACAGUGCCCCUCCUGGCCCGCCUCCUGGUGCUUACGAUCAGCGCGGUCCUGGUGGGUAUGAUUACCAACAGCAGCAGCAGCAGCCUGAGCAGAAGAGCAAUACUGGAAAGUACAUUGCAGCUGGUUUGGCAGGUGUGGCUAUUGGUGGACUUGGUGGUGCCUUCAUUGAGCAUGAGAUUGACGAGAACAACGAGGAGGAUGAUGAGCGUCGCGCUUAUGAAGAUGGUCGUGAGGACCAAUUCCAAGAUGACUGGUGA